AGUUCAGCACCGUGGCCGGGGAGUGGUUGAGAGCUGACCGACGGCUCUCUCAGUUUUAUGUAUGCAGCCUGUCAGCGCGCGUGUACAUCAUUGUGUCAAACCGCGAGUUUCCCGCCGGUUGAACCAUGGAGGAGUUAGCCAGAGAGAGCAUCAGCCUGCUGGCUUCAGCCUCAUCCAAGCCCCCACUGGAUGUUGCCGCCGGGCCUCGGCUCGGUUCUAUGGGAGCCAUUUUCAUCAUGCUGAAAUCUGCUCUGGGCGCCGGACUUCUCAAUUUCCCCUGGGCCUUCGAGAGAGCCGGAGGCGUCCGCAGCGCAGUCUCAGUGGAACUGGUCUCUCUUGUGUUCCUGAUCAGUGGCCUAAUCAUCCUGGGCUACUCCUCGUCCAUCAGUGGCCAGUGCACUUACCAAGCGGUGGUGAAGGAGGUUUGUGGGCCGGCCAUCGGUCAGCUGUGUGAGAUCUGCUUUGUCUUCAACCUCUUCAUGAUCUCUGUGGCCUUUCUGGUUAUAGUGGAUGACCAGCUGGAGAAAUUGUGCGGUUCCCUGUAUGAGCUGGUGACUGGUUUGCCAGAGUCAGAGAUGCAGUAUCACUUCUACACAGACCAGCGUUUUGCCCUCACACUGCUUUGCGUCUUCCUCAUUCUGCCUCUGUCCAUCCCCAAAGAGAUCAGCAUUCAGAAAUACAUCAGUGGUCUAGGCACUCUGGCUGCAACCUACCUGACCAUUGCCAUCAUCGUCAAAUACCACACCAUGCCCUCUGUUCUGGUCCAUGUCACCCCUCUUUAUACCAGUGGGAUCAGCUCCUGGGCCUCUAUGUUCAGCGUCAUCCCGACCAUCUGCUUCGGUUUCCAAUGCCAUGAGGCAUCCAUUGCCAUCUACAGCAGCAUGGAGAAUCAGCGGCUCUCUCACUGGGUCUUCAUCUCUGUGAUCUCCAUGAUCUUCUGUCUCGUCAUCUACUCCCUCACAGGCGUUUAUGGGUAUCUGACAUUUGGAAAAGAUGUGAAGGCUGACAUUUUGAUGUCGUACACCGGUGAUGACAUUCUGAUGCUCAUUGCCAGGCUGCUGUUUGGAGUCUCUAUCAUCACCAUCUAUCCCAUUAUCCUGCUGCUGGGCAGAUCAGUGAUCCAGGAGCCCUUGUUAAGCUGGCGGCGGCGGCGUGACAACAUGGUGACAGAGGAAUUUGAAAGCCGCAGUCGUUAUGUGCUUUCUGUCCUGUGGAUAGCUGUGACGCUGCUCAUCGCCACGUGUGUACCAGACAUCAGCAAGGUCAUCAGUGUCAUUGGAGGGAUCAGCGCUUUCUUCAUCUUCAUUUUUCCAGGACUCUGCUUGAUGUUUGCCAUGCAGUCUGAGCCGGUGUCCUGGAAGACCAGAGUCAUCCUCACUUUUUGGGGGGUUGUGACCUUGAUAUGCGGAGCAUUCAUCUUCGGCCAGAGCACCACCAUUGCUGUUAUGCAGAUUCUUGGAAGAUUCUGAUGUUUCCUCCUUCCAGACUUAUCCAUGCUGACUGGAGAGACUACAGAUUACUUUAUGCUCCUACUGUUACCUUCCUACAGAGCUCAUUGUGACUAAAGGGUACUGGGACUCUAAGAAACAGGACAUGACUCCUAUAGAAACCCUCAAAGCCUCCAGCUAAUUGCUGUCACUGCUGUAUCUAGGCUCAAGUUUAAGUUCAUUGAGUUGGUUGGUUUUAGUCUGGUGAUAAAGCUUGCCAAACUAAGACGGUUUUAUUGAGUUCCUCAGGUAUUUUGCUGUUUGUAAAGCGACAGUACAUCUGCAGGUUUCACUUUCAGCAUGCAAAAAAUCCCAUCACACCUGCCUGUAUUCAGAAAAUAUUUAUUAAACUUAUGUUUUCUAGAAGUAAAACUUAAACUGACAGUGAGCAGCAUGUUAGUUUAUCACCUAUAAAUUUCCUAAGUAAUUUUGUGAACACUUAGCAGUGAACCGGUGAAAAGAAUGUAACUGGAAUUUAACUCUUGUGCCAUGCAGAAAAUCAUGGUGGAGUUAGCAUGGAGGUUCAGUCUGCAUGUUAACUCUGUAAAAUGCCCUGUUGAGCUGCACAAUACUGAGUCAUUAGGAGGCCAGAGGGGAUGGGAGGGAGGAAACACUUCAGUGCAUGUAUAUUUGGAUAUGUGUAAAUAUAUUUUGUUAUUUUGUAAUCUAUUUUGUAUGUAAAAAAAAACUCCAUACAGAUCUUUGACAAAUAAGGAAUGAUGUGUAAAGUAGUUACAUUUAAAGUUGAGGAAAAGACACAUGAAUAAAGUAAUAUUUAUAUCAA